AUGCCACGCACGAAGGAGGGCUACAUGUGGACUCCGACCAGCACGACUGAGGGCCUGAUCACCGAUGCCGUGCAGAAGAGCACUCCGGCAUCAGGGAUUAAGGCGCAAUACGACGUUAUCGUCAUCGGUGCCGGGUUUGCGGGCCUCAUAGCCGCCCGCGACCUCUCCCAGAAGCACAACUUGAACGUGCUUCUCAUCGAAGCCCGAGAUCGUAUUGGCGGCCGUACCUGGACAGCCAAGGUACUUGACGAGGAGAUCGAGAUGGGAGGACUUGGGUGCAUUGGGAGCAGCCUCAUCUUUAUGCGGAGCUUCGUCGGGAUGAUUACGCCGGAAAGACAGGCUUUCAAGCCCGGCUCUGGGAGAACCGCAGAGCUGUCAAUACCAGGAUCUGGUGAUGUGUUGGGAAAGGUUGCACAAAAGGUCUUUUCCAUCGAUGGGAUGGAUAAGCUACCUCAGUGGGGCAAGGAGCUGCUCGAGUCUAAUGUCAAUACAUUCGGCAGUGCGCCGGGGCAGCACAUCGGGUUUGUGGAGGCCCUGCGCUGGUAUGCGCUUGGCGGCCAUAGCAUGGGUGCAAUCUUUGAAAAGGCUGGCGUCUAUAAACUUGCAAAUGGAGACGAAUACAGAGGGGAAAGGCUCUUCAAUACUGCCGUGUCUGAGAUCGAUAAUCUACGGAACAGUGCCCAGAUUACAACGAGGAGCGGACAGAUAUUCACUGCAAAAGCUAUUAUAACAACCGUUCCAUUGAACUGCCUUGCCGAUAUUAGAUUCAACCCCCCCGUCUCUACCCUCCGACAAGCUGCAAUAGCACAAGGUCAUAUUAACAAAGGCGCAAAGAUUCACUUCAAACUCUGCGAGACCCUACCAGGCUGGUUCUGGACGAGCAGUGACUCCGCCCACUCGAGCUUCGUCUUCGCCUUCUCGGACCAUAAUGGAACUCAGCCGACGGGCCCGUCAGGCACAUGGUGCAUCGGAUUCGGGUUCAACGGCAAGCUGAAUGACAAGAAGGAUGCAAAGCACAUUAUCAGCGAGUUCAAGAAAAAUGUUAAUUCGGGUGUUUCCGUUGAGGCAUACGCGACCCACGACUGGAUGAACUACCCCUUUGUCAAAGAUACUGAGAGGAGAUGGGCAUGUGGCUAA